AUGCAGGCGCGGUACUCGGUGUCCAGCCCCAACUCCCUGGGUGUCGUGCCGUAUCUGGGAGCGGAGCAAGGCUACUACAGAGCAGCUGCUGCUGCGGCGGCCGCUGGCGGGGGCUACACUGGCAUGCCUGCCCCAAUGAGCAUGUACUCCCACCCGGCUCAUGAACAGUACCAGGCUGGCAUGGCCAGAGCCUAUGGGCCCUACACCCCCCAACCUCAGCCGAAGGACAUGGUGAAGCCCCCCUACAGUUACAUCGCCCUGAUCACCAUGGCCAUCCAGAACGCCCCAGACAAGAAGAUCACCCUGAAUGGCAUCUAUCAGUUCAUCAUGGAGAGGUUCCCCUUCUACAGGGACAACAAGCAAGGCUGGCAGAACAGCAUCAGACAUAACCUGUCCCUCAUUUUUUUUGAGUGCUUUGUCAAGGUGCCCAGGGACGACAAGAAACCAGGCAAGGGCAGUUACUGGACUUUGGACCCAGACUCCUACAACAUGUUUGAGAAUGGCAGCUUCCUGAGGAGGAGGAGAAGGUUCAAGAAAAAAGAUGUGGUCAAAGAUGGGGCCAAAGAUCAGUCCCAGCGGCAGGCUCAGCCAAGUCAAGGGGAGCAAGACAGCAGCAACCAGCCAAUCAGGAUCCAGGAUAUAAAGACCGAGAAUGGGACCUCUUCUCCUCCCCAGGCCAUGUCACCUGCCCUCAGUGCGGUGCCUAAGAUAGAGAGCCCUGACAGCAGCAGUAUGUCCAGUGAGUCCCACCACCCUCACCAACAGCACCACAACCAGGGCUUCAGUGUGGACAACAUCAUGACCUCCCUUAGAGGAUCUCCCCAAGGUUCUGGAGAACUAGCCACCAGUCUGAUCGCCUCUUCCAGGACAGGGAUCGCCCCUUCUCUCUCACUAAGCUAUUCUCCAGGCCAGAGCACCAGUGCUGCAGGCUCCACAGGGACCUAUCAUUGUAACAUGCAAGCCAUGAGUCUAUAUUCAGGGGACAGGUCUGCAGUGGAAGAGACAUUACCUGAUUAUUCCAUCACCACCACCACCACCUCUGCUCUCAGCCAUGGCAGCCUGAGCACUGGACAGGACCAUCCACACCAAGGCAGGCUCCCCUCAUGGUACUUGAAUCAGUCGGGGGAUCUGGGCCACCUAACUGGGGCCACCUACCCAGGACAGCAGCAGAACUUCCACUCUGUGCGAGAGAUGUUCGAAUCACAGAGAAUUGGUUUAAAAACAGCUCCCCAGUGA